AUGUCGGUCAUCCAGAAGCAGCCGCACCAGCCGGACCAGCCCGCCUUCUCGUCUUCUUCGUCUUCGCGAACAGGCACCGCCGCCGCCGUCAACGGGUUCGACCCUUCGUGCGUCUCGCGCUCUGCCUCGCGCAACGGGCAUCCACAGCCGCACGCGUCCCCGCUGCUGUCGGCACCGUUGCCGCCGGCGCCUGGGGCGGGAGGGAGCGGGAGCGGGUCGAGUUCGCCUGGACUGGGGGUCAGGCCAGCGAUGGACCGGAUGCCCUCGACGCUGGGUGACACGCCCGUCGCGACCAACUCGGCGCUGAACAAGGCCGCGUCCGCCUCGUCGAGCAUCUACCAGCGGUGCAGUACCGUCCGCGACAGGCUGUACCGCGUGCCCGACUUCGAAGACCGCUUCCUUCGCACCGAUACCGACUCGUCCCUCCUUUCCGCCUCGUCCUCCUCGACUCCCACACCCACCCUCUCCCCCGCCCUCGGCGCAUCGACCUCCACCUCCCCGCCCGACUUGACGACCCAAACCGACCCAGUCUCGCAAGUCCUCUCCGUCCUCCGCCUCGGCUCGUCCCUCUGCUUCCUCUUCAACCAGCUCGGUCAUCCACACCAACUCGACGUCAACCCUCAAGCGACACUGAGCAACCUCAAGGCGUGUCAGAGGGGCGCGGCGCACUUCAUCAUGGCUUGCAAGCAGGACUUGAAGUGGCCCGAGGAGGAUUUGUUUGCGGUCAACGAGCUGUAUGGGCAGGAUACGAACGGCGUCGUAAAGGUCGUUCACACGGUCACCAAGCUCCUCGACCUCCUCGAAUCGCAAGGCGUCCUCCUCCCCCCUCCCGCCGACACCUCCCCCGCCCAACCUCAACCAGGACCGUCGGACGAACGCUCGCUCGUCGUGCGCGAGAUCCUCGAUUCGGAGCGAAAAUACAUGCAGGACCUCGAGGUGUUGCAGGACUAUCAACGCCAGCUUCAGAUGAACGAUAUCCUGACCCAGGACCAGAUCCAUUCGCUCUUCAUCAACCUCAACAAGCUAGCCGACUUUCAGAGGAGGUUCCUCAUUGGUGUUGAGACGAAUGCGAGCUUGCCGCCUGAACAGCAGAGGUUCGGGAACCUCUUUUUGCAAAUGGAGGACAACUUUGCUUGCUACGAGCCGUACUGUGCGAACUUGACGAACGCGCAAGACCUCGCCAUAGCAGAGAAUGCCGCUCUUUCGAAACUCGGCCAUGUCCUCGACCCGGUGUCGGAGCUCGCGCCGCUGCUCAUCAAGCCCGUUCAGCGGAUAUGCAAGUACCCGCUGCUCAUCUCGCAACUGCUCAAGAACACGCCCGACACGGGUCCCUUCUACGACGAGCUCAAAGCCGGUCUCGAGUCGAUCAUGCGCGUGACGGACAAAGUCAACGAGGAGAAGCGGCGCAAGGACAAUGCUCAAGCGGUUGACGACCUCGCCCGCCGCGUCGAAGACUGGAAAGGCCACGACAUCAAUUCGUUCGGCGACCUCUUGCUCCAAGAGACGUUUGUCGUGAUCAAGAGCGACAACGAGCGCGAGUACCACGUUUACCUCUUUGAGCGCAUUAUUCUGUGCUGCAAGGAGGUUACGGCGCAGGGGAAGAAGGACAAGAAGAGUAACUCGUUGCUCAAGAGGCCUCCGAGCCAGCGCAUCAACAAGCUUCAGCUCAAGGGCCGCAUCUUUGUCAACAACAUCACCGGCGCGUCGCAGGUUCACGCAAGAAGCGGCCAGUACCUCCUCGAAGUUCGCUGGCGCGGCGACGUGGCCGAGGAGGCUUUCACGAUCAAGUGCCGGACGGAGGAGCUGCUCAAGCAGUGGCAGAAGGCGAUCAACAAGGCGGUCGAGGAAGCGCCUACCCGUCGUCGCGCGCACCACCUCUCGUCAAGCCGCCGCUCCGAACGCAGCGUCCACUCGCCCGCCUCGCAGUUCCCCCCAACGCCCAUGUCUGAAUACGGCCCGCUCGGAUCCGCCGCGUCGUCCGUCUACUCGUACCACACGACUGAGUCGAGCUUCGCUUCGCCCGCGAACGGCGUAUACCCCCACGGCCACCCGUACGGCUCGCUCCACGCCGCUCACUCGCCUUACCCUCCUUCGCACAGCGGUCCCGGCACGCCCCAUCUCGGCUUUGACGACGACCACCACGACGACGGCCACUCGGCGGGCUUCUAUGAGCCCAGCGAGUCGGGUCGCCCGACACCCUCGAUGCGUCGCGGACCCGUCACGCGCUCGCUCCCCGCCGAACAGCGCCAAGACGGCUACGCCGCCGGCGCGCCUCAUCGUCCGCGCGCGCAGACGGAAGACUCGUCGUCGAACUUGAUCAACCAGUGGCGGAACCAGACGCCCGGUCAGCCAGGGACGCCGAACCUCCCUUCGCAGCCUUUGCGUGGGAUGUCGUCGACCUCGAGCGUGAACGGGACCGGCGCAGGCGCGGAUGCCCAGUCGCUUCGCAGCUCGGCGAGCAGUCGACAGUUGCGGAACAAGCAGAGUACGGAGUGGGGCGGACCGGGGUCGAUCACAUCCAGUCCGGCGUUGAGCAGCUACUCGCGCUUGCCGACGCAGGAGGAAGAGGUCACGCCUCGCAUGGGACCUGGCGCGCCUGUCCAUCGCCAGGCAUCGCAUCAGUACCCUGCGCAGAACGCCGCCGCCCCGCCCAUGUUGCGCAACAGGUCGGCUUCGUCGCCCAACAUCUACCAGACGCAGGACGGGAGGAUCCCCGACUCGCCGCAGAUGCCCGACGGGAUCGACCAGGCGUAUCAUGCCGGCGGCGCAGCGAAAGCGGGCCAGCGCGGCGUCGGGACCCAUUCAGGCGGGACGAUCUCGUCCAUGUCGGCAUCGUCUCAGCAGAAGCGGUCGAGUACCGCCUCGAGCAACGCGACGGAUCGCUCGUCCGCCACCUCUGCGCACUCGUCGAGCGCGUUGCCGUACGCGAGCGCGAACGGACGCGGUGGACUCGUCUCGCCUCCCGCCGCAGCCGGCGCCGCCUCUGCCGUCCGCGUCAAAGUCUACUUUGGCGAAGACGCCUUUGUUGUCGUCGUGCUCGACAACGUUUCGUACCCGGACCUCGUCGAGAAGGUGCUCAAGAAGAUCCGGAUGUGCGGAGGCGACAAGGCGCGCGUCGAAGGUUCGGCGGUCAGGCUUCGCUACCGUGACGAAGACGGCGACAGGAUCUUGAUCACGAGCGAGGAGGACGUCUCGAUGGCGUUCGAGACGGCUAGGGUCAUCCAUGCCGACAAGGCUGCGAGCGGCGCGCCGCUCGAACUCGUCCUCUACGCCUCGGUCGACGGGCAGUGA